GAUCAAGGAUAAAGCGUCUGACUCACAGCGUGGUCUCCUAAUAUAUAUUACUAUAGACUUGUCCGGCAAAGAUACGUCUUCCACAAAGCACACAAUGCCUGAGCAAGACCCCGCAGUCCAAGCGGCGGGGAACGCUGUCGCCAAUCUUCACCUCGACGAAGUCACUGGAGAACGCGUCUCCAAGUCGGAGCUGAAGAAGCGCUUGAAGCAGCGUGAGCAGGAAAAGAAGAAAGCUGAAAAGGCUGCUGCUGCCGCUGUCGCCGGUGUUGGAUCGGCGGGCAAGAGAAAGAGCGCUGAGGAAGAGGAAUCACAACUGACGCCAAAUCAAUACUUUGAAAUUCGUAGCGGAAGAAUCAACCAACUCCGCCAGACCAAGAAUCCUAACCCUUAUCCUCACAAAUUCCAAGUCACCGACGAUCUCCGACAGUUCCUCAAGGAGUACCAGUAUCUCAAGAAGGGCGAGCAAUUGCGAGAGAAGGAAAUCCGAAUUGCUGGAAGAAUUUACACCAAGCGUUCCUCUGGAGCGAAACUGAUCUUUUACGAUAUUCGAGCUGAAGGCGUCAAGGUUCAGGUUGCCUGUCAAGCACAAGAAACAACAAGCGAUGUCCCCUUUGAGGCCCAGCACGAACACCUAAGGAGAGGUGAUAUAAUUGGUAUCAUUGGAUUCCCCGGUCGUACCUCUCCAAAGAAUCGAGAUGACGGCGAAUUAUCUAUUUUCGCCAAGCAGGUCAUUCUCCUUACGCCGUGCUUGCACCAGAUUCCUUCAGAGCAUUACGGAUUCAAGGACCAGGAGCAGAGAUUUCGGCAGCGGUAUCUGGACCUGAUCAUGAACGAUAAGUCUAGAAAUGUCUUUAUUACUAGGUCGAAGAUUAUCAGUUAUAUCCGGCGGUAUUUUGAUGAGCGCGACUUUGUUGAGGUUGAAACUCCUAUGAUGAACGCUAUUGCUGGUGGUGCUACUGCCAAGCCGUUCAUCACUCACCAUAAUGAGCUGGAUAUGAACCUUUUCAUGCGUAUUGCGCCUGAAUUAUAUCUCAAGAUGUUGAUUGUUGGCGGUCUCGAGCGUGUCUACGAAUUGGGUCGCCAAUUUCGAAAUGAAGGCAUCGAUCUUACCCACAACCCUGAAUUCACCACCUGCGAAUUCUACUGGGCUUACGCUGAUGUCUAUGAUCUCAUGAACGUGACUGAAGAACUCGUUUCCGGCCUUGUGAAGCACGUUACCGGAGGAUAUGAAACGGUCUUCCAUACCCAAACCGGAGAGGAGUACAAGGUUAAUUGGAAAGCCCCGUGGAAGCGUAUCGAGAUGAUUCCGGCCCUCGAGGAAGCCACCGGCGAAAAGUUCCCACCUGGCGACCAGCUCCAUACUCAAGAAACUAACGAAUGGCUCAAGAAGAUUCUCAAGAAGGUCAACGUCGAGUGCUCUCCUCCACAGACCAACGCUCGUAUGCUUGACAAGCUCGUUGGCGAGUUCAUCGAAGAGAAAUGUAUCAACCCCUCUUUUAUCACAGGCCACCCCCAGAUGAUGUCUCCACUCGCAAAAUACCACCGUGACCACAUCGGUCUCUGCGAACGGUUCGAAGCCUUCGUCUGUAAGAAAGAAAUUGUGAAUGCAUACACGGAGUUGAACGACCCGUUCGACCAACGUUUGCGAUUCGAGGAGCAAGCCAGACAAAAGGACCAGGGUGACGAUGAGGCGCAGUUGAUCGAUGAGAACUUCUGCACUAGUCUAGAGUAUGGUCUGCCGCCAACCGGAGGAUGGGGAUUGGGUAUCGAUCGUCUUGUCAUGUUCUUGACGGACAACUAUAGUAUCAAGGAGGUACUGGCUUUUCCGUUCAUGAAGGAUGACAAAGCUGCACCCAAGGAGCCUCUUGCCGCAGAGGUCGUUGGCAUUGAGCCGAGCCCAGAAGAGGGGAUCCCACAUAAAUAAAUAGAAAUUACCAAAUUUACUUUAGGCAUCUGUUGGGUAACGAACAUCAAUGACUGGAGGUAUAGGUAUCUAAAAGGAAAAAGAGAAGCAAACAAAAUAUUGGGCGAAGUUAUUCAGUUCUUUUCGAUCACUGAGAUAUAAAGAAAAUACAGCC